CAUUUUUACAAAGCAGAGUCCUUUUUAGUCAAUUCCAGAUCAGACCAGCUGUCCACACGGCCCCGCACGUCGGCGGUCCAGCCAGGUCACGACGCCCAGUCCCCAACCAACCCCAACAGAAGCCCGCUGCGCUGCCCACCGCUCUUCCACUCCCUCGCCACCCUGCGCCAAUGCCGGACCCGACGAGCCGCCGCCACUGCGGACGCGGGGGACCAUAGCGCCGAACGGGACGCGCUGCUGCGUCGCCCCCUCCCCGCGCCUCACGUCUGCACUGGCCGGCCACGCCAGCUAAUCAAGUCCAGGAGUACCAUUUCCUCUUCCGGCCACGGUGGGUUCUCCGUUUCAACGGACCUCCGGUUCAUGGCGAGCGAGGCGAAGGAGAUGAAGUACAGGAGGAGGGGCAGGGUUCCCGGGCCGCCGGAGCACGGGCAACGCAGCGACCGGAGCGGCGCGCUGGACUGGGCCGCGCUCAAGCACGACCCCGCGGAGCUGCUCCGGAAGCUCGACGAGGUACGGGACCAGAUCACCCGCUCCUGCGAGCUCAUGGGGCCGCCGCCGCCGGACCGCCACCGCGCGAUGAGCCGCCGCACGGUCUCGCUGCGCCCCUCGUACGCCGAGCCGCCGCACGCGGCAGGCCGGGCCCCCGACCACUACCGCUCGCGCUACGCCGACCGCAACAGGACUAGCUUGCCGCCGAGCUCGUAUGACCACCGGUCGCAGCGCUCCGUACCCGACGACGAGGCGUACUCCAGGCAGCCGUUCCGGCAGCAGUACUACCAUGAGAGGCAGCGGGAGAGCCACGGCUUUGGCCACGGGAGGCGCCACCAUAGCUCCUGCCAGUGCGCGCACUGCCUCCAGAGCCAGCGGGCGCCGGUGGUGGCGCCGCCGAAGGACCACGUCCCGAUGGCCAGGUACUUCGCGGGUCAGGGGUCCUUUCGGUUCGAUAGAUCCCAGCCAAUCUCGUCGGAGCUUGACCGGAGGUCUGUGGCUUCGUCUCUCUACUCGCACCUUUCCGUGUCCAAGAGGAGGGUGGAGUAUUUCAGGAAAAAGGCUGAGAAGUUCUGCCGGCCGACGAGGGGCGCCGCGCCUUUUCUCGUGUGCACCUCCUGUUCCCAUCUCCUGCAGCUGCCGCAGGGGAAGUUCGCAGGCCGGAAGAAGGAUCAGGUCCAGUGCGGUUCUUGUUCAGAGAUCAUUGCUUUGGAGCCUAAGCAAGUGAAAGUUCAUCCGGUGAUCACGCCACCGUCUUUCCCAGUAUCAAAAGGUGUCAGAAGUAAAGGUUCCAGUCACCGGGACACCAAGAGUUCCGGGUGGUAUCAACAUCAGGAUGAUGACAACUUCAAUUUCUAUAAGCCGCAAGCACAGAAGAAGGAUUUUGCUGACAAUAUGUCACCGUCUUCUACCGCCAGUUAUGGUAGAACAGACAGUGAGCAUGGGUCAAACAGGAGCGUUCAGUUAAAAUCAGUGCCUGCCAGCAGGUCUAGAUUUUCAAAUGACCCAAAGGAUAUAUUAUGUCAAGGAGAUACAGGCGGUCAAGUGGAAGCUUCAGGACAGUGUACAGUCAGUCCACAAGGUCCAAUUUUAGUGGACAAACAAAUGGAUCCGUUCUCCAGUCAAUGGAAAGAGAAAGACUAUAGUGGUGGAAACCAAAUCAUAAGAAAAGAAUGUGACAUAAAUACCAAAUCAGAUUAUGAAGCCAACGCUAGAGGUGAAAGUCUCGGUAGGAAAUGCAUACAGAAGAGUAAAGAAGGUCGUAAGGGUGGGUUUGAAGAUGAAUUCAGUAAUGGAAGAACACAUGGACAAAAAGGUAGACACGGUAACACUGACAGUCCUGAAGAUGGAAUCGUUGGAAACAAAUACAAACAUAAGGCCGAUGAUGUUGUUAUAAGCAGCCUUGAAGAUAAAGAUAUGAGCAUUAAGUAUGAACAUAAUGGUAGCUUUAGAUUUGAGGAACUUAGUAAGAGAGAUGAAAAAUGCAACAAAAAGGAUGACAACAAUAUUCUUGAACUUGAGAGCAUAGCUAGGGGAUGUGAACAGGACAGAAUCAAAGAUGACUGCGGAAAACUGCUGCACUCAGAUAGUAGAAAUGGCAACACGGUGGCCAAGAAUUAUUCAUCAGUUAAUGAACACACAAAUUCAAGUUCUCUUGUUUCCUCUGUGGCCGAGGUAGAUGAUAUACAGUCUUCAGUUGGCAAGAAUGGGGAUUCAUCCUUUUUUACUGGUUUCCUCAAGAAAGGUUUAAAGGACCUUUCUUUAUUCAACCAGUCUGUAGACAGUGCUAAGGUUUAUAUCAACGGUCAUCCAAUCUCUGAACGAGCUCUCCGGAAAUCAGAGAAGAAAGUUGGUCCUGUUGGCCCUGGUUCAUAUUGGUACGACUACCGUGCUGGAUUUUGGGGUGUCUUCGGACAAGAGUGUAGAGGCAUCAUACCACCAUUCAUAAAAGAAUUCAACUAUCCAAUGCCCAAGAACUGCGCUGGUGGUAGCACUGGGGUUUUCGUAAAUGGGAGAGAGCUCCACCAGAAAGAUUUUGAUUUGCUUGUAGGGAGAGGGCUCCCUCGAAUACCUGGAAAGUCAUAUUCUGUUGAGAUAUCAGGAAGCGUGAUCGACGAUACGACUGGCACGAAGCUACGUGGUCUUGGAAAGCUUGCACCCACAAUCGAGAAAAUGAAACGUGGCUUUGGCAUGCACGUCCCCGAAGAGACAAAGUAGCUCUAUGGAUACUUUUGUUGAUGCUUCUGUUGAAAGUUUUACACACCUAGAAAGCUGCCAAUUAAUGGGAGUCCAGGUUUGUUGAUCUGUUAGGAUUGGUGACAGCGGUAGAAAGGCUUUCACGUCUUGAAGCUCGACAGCGAUGCAGCCUCCGGACAUUGAGAGAAGAAAUGGAGAGAUGUCAUAACUCAUACGCAUUCGCAUCAUCCUACUUGGAAUUAAAUGUCGUGUUUCCAUGGUGACAGCUCCGGCCGGCGGCAUACAGUUCCUGUCUCCCUCUCGUUUGUAAAAUUCGCCACACCGUAGGUGCUAGGUAGCAUUCGGAGCAUGUAUCCGUUUCGGGUUUGUGAUACAGUGGCGCAACUCUUCGGCUAUAUAAAUGUACCUAGUACUUUGUAACAUGUUGUCCAGUAUGCAACGACGCAUCAGAUUUGUAUACCUCUCGAAUUCGAGCCAGAGAUUUUUAGGAUAUGUUUGGUUUGUGACUAA